CUGCACGGGCAUUUGUGCUACACGGGCCCCAGGCGUGUUCAGAUCUAUACCCUAAAUAUAGGCCUAGUACAGAUUAAUACAAGAGAUAUCCGUGUCAAAGUUCUCCGAUAGAUUAAAAUGACAAAGUUCCCGGGGCUGCUGGUAGCAUUACCCCGGCAAGGUAGCAAGCAAAGAGGUAAACAUAGCGGCACGUGGGUGGCCCCCUAGCGGCGUAAUCGAAAACAAAAUACAAAAUGGAAAGUCGAUUGUAAAGAACAUGACCGCGAGCAGAAAUACUAAGCGAAAGGCACACUUUCGAAAGACGCUCGCAGUGUUGUCAGUAGUCACGUGUCUGCUCAGUCUGGGCUGCGUCGUCUGCUGUGCGGUUGUCAUGGUAGCCGCGCGGUCGUUUGCUAUACAAGGGUUCCAUUUGGAGGGAUUUCCCCGUCAACUUAGCGUAAAAGACGUAGAGUCUCGUGUUAUACCUCACCAGCGCCUGAAAGAGACAGGCGGUUCAGGGGGAAAGGAUGGUAGUGGCGUUGUGGAGAAACUUUUGUCCCGACGUAAGCGUAAAGCCGUGAGUAGGAAGAGACCUGCCAUCCAUCUUGCAGCGGAGUGCAGAGAUAGGAACUGCAAUAGUAUUGCACACAGAGAAUUAACAGAAAAAGUUCCUGGCACAGUUGAAAAUUUCGUCCGAUGGACCCCAGUCACCGAGAAAAACACGAAGAGGGGCUUGGCGUACAGUCCUGCAUGUAACUGCCUGACUGUGAGAAAGAGUGGGGUGUACUACGUGUACGCGCAGGUGCAUUUUACCCUCAGUGAGAAAACCUCCUACCUUGGGUGUAUAUUCAAAGGGAAGUCCAGCUUGACAGAUGUCACCAGGGACGAGCCCCUGACCUGCACUCAGGCCUACCCCUUGAGGGGCCACACCCUGGGGGACCGUGUCAAACAAUUCAGUGGCGUGUUCCAGCUCAGCAUGGGAGACGCGCUGUACGUUGCUGUCGUGAGGGCGCGCCACGGGGACAAGUUACCGGCGCUGGACGUCGUUGUCAACAGGCGUAAAACAUACUUUGGAGGGUUUAAGGUGUAGAUAAGCGGGAGAAAAUGUGAACUAUGUAAAUAUCAUUCCGUAUGCAUCCUGUUGAAGUGUA